AUGGGCCUAGGGCAUGGAGCUGAGGAAGACCUGACACAUGGAGCUGAGGAGGGCCUAAAGCAUAGAGCAGAGACUUUGGUUCAGGAGGCAUCAGCAGGUCAGACAGCCACAGUGGGCCACAAGGCUUUGGGUCAGGAGGCAUCUGUACUGGGUCAGCAGGCACCAGAGGGUCAGACAACCUCAGUGGGUGAGGGGGCACCUGCAAGCCAGACAACCCUGGUGUAUCAGGAGGCACACGGUCAGCAGGCACCAGAGGGUCAAACAACCCCAGUGGGUAAGGAAGCACCUGCGGGUCAGACAACCCUGGUGUAUCAGGAGGCACUGGCUCAGGGGGCACUGAUGGGAGGCACUGGCUCAGGAAGCACUGGUGGGCCAGACAACCGUGGUGUAUCAGGAGGUACUGGGUCAGGAGGCAAUAGUGGGCCAGACAACUCCAGUGGUUCAGGGGGCACCAGCAGGUCAAACAAAUCUGGUGUAUUAGGAGGCACUUGGUCUGGAGGCACUGGAGGGUCAGACAACCCCAGUGGGUCAAGAGGCACCUGCGGGUCAGACAAGCCUGGUGUAUCAGAAGGCACUGGGUCAGCAGACCCCAGUGGGUCAGACAACCCCAGUGGGUCAGGAGCCACCUGUGAAUCAGAAAACCCUGGUGUAUCAGGAGGCACUGGCUCAGGAGGCACUGGUGGGCCAAACAACCCUGGUGUAUCAGAAGGCACUGGGUCGGGAGGCACUAGUGGGCCAGACAACUCCAGUGGGCCAGGGGACUCCAGCAGGUCAAACAAAUCUGGUGUAUUAGGAGGCACUUGGUCUGGAGACACUGGAGGGUCAGACAACCCCAGUGGGUCAAGAGGCACCUGCGGGUCAGAAAACCCUGGUGUAUCAGAAGGCACUGGGUCAGGAGGCACUGGUGAGUCAGACACCCCAGAUGGUCAGGAGGCACCUGCAAGUCAGACAACCCUGGUGUAUCAGGAGGCAUUGGGUCAGGAGGCACCGGUUGGUCAGACAACCCCAGUGGGUCAGGAGCUAACUGCAAAUCAGACAACCCUGGUGUAUCAGGAGGCACUGGGUCAGGAGGUACCGUUGGGUCAGACAACCCCAGUGGGUCAGGAGGAACCUGCAAGUCAGAAAAACCUGGUGUAUUAG